AGACUAAGUGGUUCACCUGCACGGCCAAAUCAGCGAUCUCGCAAUCCUGUAAUCUAUGCACGCCACGUCCAUUGGUGACUACAACAGAAAGAGUGAUAAAAAAGCCUGACGGAAAAAAAAAAAUAAAAGAAAACAAGCCACAUAUAAGUCAUUCAUAAUUAACUCAAGCCAUCGAUAACGAAGAAACUCAAUUCCAUCGUUUGUUCAACCACCAGUCUAUGGCACCUGGUAGUCUCUAAUUCCAACCUACUCGUCGAUUGCAGCCCAAUCAAACCUGUCACAUGCGCGUCGAAGAUGUGCCGCUUUCUGGUCUACAGAGGUAGCGACGAGAUCCUACUCUCGAAGCUGAUUCUUGACCCGACUCAUUCAAUCCUCAAGCAGUCCUUCGAUUCGCGACUUCGACUGGAUACACGACGCGGCCAGAACAACGCGGACGGAUUUGGUAUUGGAUUUUACACCGACCCGAAGUUAGGUGCUGCUCCUUGCAUCUUCACCUCAACCAUUCCAGCCUGGAACUGCACCAACCUACACCGCAUUGCCUCUAAAACAGCAUCGCGACUCGUAUUCGCCCACGUUCGAGCUACGACUGAAGGCUCCCUCAGCGAGGAUAACUGCCAUCCGUUUUACCAUGGGAGCUUGAUGUUUAUGCAUAAUGGUGGUUUGGGAGGCUGGAAGCACAUCAAACGAAGGCUUGGCGAACGGCUCCACGACAAAUGGUACCUCUGCGUGCAAGGUGGAACCGACAGCGAGUGGGCAUUUGCUCUGUUCUGCGACCGUCUCGAGCGUCUAGGCGUCAACCCGAGCUCCGAACCAAAGAAUGGAUUUGGUCCAAGCGUAAUGCGCAAGGCUCUCUUGCAGACGAUCGAGGUUAUCAACGAACUUACCAUGGCGAUCCCCGAGAGCAUUAUUCAGAGUGAGAAUGUGGAUACCAGAAGUCUGUUGAACUUCGCUGUUACAGAUGGCCACAGUAUCAUCUGCACGAGAUACGUGAGCAGCAAGACCGACCAAGCAGCUAGCUUGUAUUAUUCCUCUGGUACCCAAUGGGAGACCAAGUCCUCUACGCCCUCUACGUCGAAUGAUCAUGAUUACCAGAUGGAGCGACGGGAUAAAGGAGCAGAUAUCGUUCUCGUUGCUAGCGAACCCCUGACUUUUGAACGAGAAAACUGGGUUAAUGUUCCCACUAACUCGAUCCUAACCAUUCAUGGCCAAACAGUCAUGGUCAACCCCAUCAUCGAUGCCUUUUCUGACCGUGACCCCUAUCACCAACGCUCUUCAGCAUUUGCGCAAACUAAAGGCCUCACCACCAACGAGAAGGCGGCUGCACGUAUGGCCAGUCCCAUACCCACACCAAGCAUCGAUCUCGAAAGUCAGAAGCGUAUUCUUGCUCCGUUGAUCCCUGCUAGUAUUGGGCGAAGCAGAACACCGGAAGGGCCGUCAUUACCAAUCCGGCCUAAGACAUCUCUCGCGUAUACGGAGUCGAGUCUGGCUUCGGACAUCCGCCUCCCUCCUAGCGAUCCCCCUCCUCGCCCGGUGACUCGGCCAGACAUCGGUCCUAAACACCCCUCUCAAGGCAACAUCAAGAAGAAGCGACGUUCGCUUAACUUCGGAGAGCAGCCUCAUCCGGCGGAUCACCAAGUGGAUACGGAGCUACCAAUGCCGGAUAGCCCAGUCCAGAGUACUAUGUCGAGGGCCCCCGACUACACCACUUCGGAGAAGGCAGCACGUGUCCUCGGAAUGUCCCUAUAGUAAGGAAGUUCCGUGACGCGGCCUACCUGUCUCUUUUAUGUUCUCAUGGCGCUGCGCGACGGAUUAGGAUUUCAAGAUUUCGACGAUAGAAUGAUUUUGCAAGGAGGCAAAUAGCAAGGCGUUUCUGGUCGCUGGGUUGUUUAAGGGGAGUAGUUUCAUGUCUUCAUGUGCGUAGCAUAGCACCAAAAGUUAAUCACGAUCCCAUACCCGAUAUUGAAUUGAAGAACGAUCUUUCUGAACGAUCUCCAUGAUGAGUGAUUUUAUAGAGUGUUACGACGGGAUAUGCUCGAGGAAAUAAUCAAUGAUAGGCUUCUCUGUUAUUUCCAUCCUUUUUCGUGGGUAUCUACGACGGGGAGAGUACGGACAUAGACAUGGUGUUUCUAGCUUAGAUCGGAGUAAGUUGUAUAGGUUGAACACAGUAGUUCAGUGUCAUUCAUUUGAGUAAAUCAUUU